CAGCUAUCUUGAACUAGAAAAUAUAAAAGGUGCAGAGGGGGAGGGAGAUGCCACAGAUUUCGUUAUCCACAUUUGCCUGAAAAACCGAAGCCAGAAGAAGGAGGAAAUGGAGGGAAUCUGCUGCUCUUCUUCUUCUUCCUCAAAAGCCCAAUUCAAAGCGACCAUUUCUUUGCUUACCCACCACUGUUUCAGCACUUCGAAAUUCUGCCCCGUCAGUUUCGUUCCCGUGUUCUGGCGGUCCAAAAGGGACUGCAAGCGGCGGACCACGGCAGCCUCUCUCCGAACCACCGCGUUCAUGGUCGAGGAAGCCAUUGAGAAACCGACUUCUAGAGAAGCCAUGCCCAAGAUUGACAAGAGCGGCCGGUUUUGCAGCCCCAGAGCCGCCAGAGAACUCGCUCUAUUAAUCUGUUACGCGGCUUGUCUGGAAGGGUCCGACCCGAUUAGACUAUUCGAGAAGCGAAUGAACAUAAGAAGAGAAUCUGGGUAUGAAUUUGACAAGGCAUCGCUGUUGGAGUACAAUCACAUGAGUUUUGGCGGACCUCCUGUCAAGGUGGAGACAGUUGAAGAAGCUGAUGAGCUUGUGCGCUGUGACGAAAAACAGUCUGCAAUUGAAGCAGAAGUCCUUUCAGCUCCUCCAAAGUUGGUUUAUAGCAAACUACUUUUGCGUUUCACCAGGAAACUCUUGGUUGCUAUUGUGGAUAGGUGGAACAAUCACGUGCUUGUAAUUGACAAAAUUGCCCCACCAAAUUGGAAGAAUGAGCCGGCAGGCAGAAUUUUGGAGCUCUGUAUCCUUCACUUAGCCAUGUCAGAAAUAGCUGUACUUGGAACAAGGCACCCGAUUGUCAUAAACGAGGCUGUUGAUCUUGCAAAACGGUUCUGUGAUGGGGCAGCACCACGCAUAAUCAAUGGUUGUCUCAGGACCUUUGUGAAGGAUUUCACAAUGGCUGGGGGAGGUGAGGCUCUAGAGGCUAAGCAACAAAUAGCAGUAGAAGUUUAAGUACAACCGCUUGUCUGCGUUCUUAUGGUUAGAUACACUGCAUAAAAGGUCGGCUGGGAAUGUUUUUUCGAGCAUUACAUGGAACCGCUGGUCUUGCCAAACCUCAGAAUAGCAUCUUGUCUAUCUUUCAUUAAAGCACGGAAGACGAUUGUAGUUUUGAAUCCUCUGAUCACUCCCAAGAGAAGAAAAAUUGUAUAUGAUCAUUGUUGUCGUUCUGUAUUGCCGCAAUGUGUAACAUUUUAAUUUUUAUAUUUGAAGCAUUCAAAUCAACUUUAUGAACCACUUGGGUGGGUGGUAGCUUAGUCGAUGAAGUCAAGAAUUUGAUUCCCACUGGGCCAA